UAGCCAACCCACGGGGUGUACCAGCGAGCGGCGACCGUGGCGGCGGCGGCGGCGACUAAGACGGACACCCAGGGGGAGCGGAGGCCUGCGGGGCAGAGGAGCGUCCCGGUCCCAGGCGGCGUGGCCCGCGGGUCAUGGCCAAAGGAGAGGGCGCGGAGUGCGGCUCCGCGGCGGGGCUGCUGCCCGCGGGAAUCCUGAAAGCGGGUGAACACCCGGCACCGGUGAAGAAAGAACCAAAGAAGAAGCAACAAUUGUCCAUUUGCAACAAGCUUUGCUAUGCAGUCGGAGGGGCCCCCUACCAGCUGACAGGCUGUGCCCUGGGGUUCUUCCUCCAGAUCUACCUUUUGGAUGUGGCUCAGGUGGACCCUUUCUCCGCCUCCAUCAUCCUGUUUGUGGGCCGAGCCUGGGAUGCCAUCACGGACCCCCUGGUGGGCUUCUGCAUUAGCAAAUCCUCCUGGACCCGCUUGGGCCGCCUUAUGCCCUGGAUCGUCUUCUCCACACCCCUGGCCGUCGUCGCCUACUUCCUCAUCUGGUUCGGGCCUGACUUCCCACAGGACCAGACUCUGUGGUGGUACCUGCUUUUCUACUGCCUUUUUGAGACACUGGUCACGUGUUUCCACGUUCCCUACUCAGCUCUCACCAUGUUCAUCAGCACGGAGCAGAGUGAGCGGGAUUCUGCCACUGCAUACCGGAUGACGGUGGAGGUACUGGGCACAGUGCUGGGCACAGCAAUCCAGGGACAAAUCGUGGGCCAAGCAGAUACGCCUUGUCUCCAGGACCCCACUGGCUCUGCAGUGGCCUUGGAAGGAGCCAAUCGCACACACAGCAACAUCUCACUAAGAAAAACGCAAAAUGCAUACCUGCUGGCGGCAGGAGUCAUUGCCUCCAUCUACAUCAUCUGUGCUGUCAUCCUGACCCUGGGAGUGCGGGAACAGAGAGAACCCUGUGAGACCCAGAAGGAGCCCAUGCCCUUCUUCCGUGGUCUCCGGCUGGUCAUGAGCCAUGGCCCGUAUGUCAAGCUCAUCGCCGCCUUCCUCUUCACCUCCCUGGCCUUCAUGCUGGUGGAAGGGAACUUCGCCUUGUUUUGCACCUACACCUUGGGCUUCCGCAACGAAUUCCAGAAUCUACUCCUGGUCAUCAUGCUCUCGGCCACUUUCACCAUUCCCUUCUGGCAGUGGUUCCUAACCCGGUUUGGCAAGAAGACGGCUGUGUACAUUGGGAUCUCAUCAGCAGUGCCAUUUCUCAUGUUGGUGGCUCUCAUGGAGAGUAACCUGGUCGUCACAUACCUGGUAGCUGUGGCAGCCGGAAUCAGCGUGGCAUCUGCCUUCCUGCUGCCCUGGUCCAUGCUGCCAGAUGUCAUUGAUGACUUCCACCUGAAGCAGCCCCACUCCCAUGGAACCGAGCCCAUCUUUUUCUCCUUCUAUGUCUUCUUCACCAAGUUUGCCUCUGGAGUCUCACUAGGCAUCUCCACCCUCAGUCUCGACUUUGCCGGGUACCAGACCCGUGGCUGCUCCCAGCCUGCACACGUCAAGUUGACACUGAAGAUGCUGGUGACUGUGUCCCCCAUUGUCCUAAUCCUGCUGGGCCUGCUGCUCUUCAAACUGUACCCCAUUGAUGAGGAGAAGCGGCAGCAGAACAAGAAGGCCCUGCAGGUUCUGAGGGAAGAGGCCAGUAGCUCGGGUGGCUCUGACACGGAUUCCACAGAGCUCGCCAGCAUCCUCUAGGGCCUGCCGAGGUGCCCAAAGCUACCAAGCACAGGGGCCUGGGUUACCAGGCCACACAGAGGGAUCAGAGCCUGCUCACCCGCUUGCUGGUCUCCAGGUGCCAAGGAAGGGAGCCGAAGACUCAAGAGUGAGCACUCCAGGACCCCGUCUCUGCCCACAGUGGUUUGGCCUCCUGCUGUCCCUCUGCCCGUCUACAGGGCCAAGCCCUGGGACUGCUACUGUGAAUAUGCCAAGGACUGAUGUUGGGCCUUGCCUGGAACACUAAUGUAGAAACGUUUUAUACAGAGACUAAUUAAUAACUUAAUGACCGUGUACAUAGAAAUGUAUGUGUAUGUAUAUGUCUGUGAGCUAUUAAUGUUAUUAAUUUUCAUAAAAGCUGGAAAAUGGA